AUGGGGGCUAGGGAAGCGAGUGGAAACAGCUACCUGGUUGCGUGCUGGCAGCCCAUUCUGAUUCUGAUCCUGGCCACUGUACUGUCUGGUUCCAGCACAAGCUGCCCAUCCCGCUGCGAGUGCAACACCCAGGAGCGCUCAGUCAUGUGCCAACGCAAGAAGCUUAUGUCUGUCCCCGAGGGCAUCCCCACAGAAACGCGGCUGCUUGACCUCAGCAAGAACCGCAUCAAGACAAUCAACACGGAUGAGUUUACCGCCUACCCCAACCUGGAGGAGCUGGAACUCAACGAGAACACCAUAUCGGCUGUCGAGCCCGGCGCCUUCAACAACCUGUACGGCCUGCAGACAUUGGGGCUGCGCAGCAACAAGCUCAAACUCAUCCAGCUGGGCGUGUUCCUGGGCCUCAGCAACCUCACCCAGCUGGACAUCAGUGAGAACAAGAUAGUCAUCCUGCUGGACUACAUGUUCCAGGACCUGUACAACCUGCGCUCACUGGAGGUGGGUGACAACGACCUCGUGUUCAUCUCCCACCGGGCCUUCCAUGGCCUCAGCAGCCUGGAGCAGCUGACGUUGGAGAAGUGCAACCUGACCUCGGUGCCCACUGAGGCCUUCACUCACCUCCACAGUCUGAUCUUUCUCAGGCUGCGCCACCUCAACAUCAUUAUUAUUAAGGACUUCUCCUUUAAAAGGCUCUACCGGCUUAAAGUGCUAGAGAUCGCUUACUGGCCCUACCUGGACAGCAUGACUUCCAAUUGCCUCUAUGGACUGAACCUCACCUCGCUGACCAUCACCAAUGGCAACCUGACCUCCAUCCCCUACGUGGCUCUCCGGCACUUGGUCUACCUACGGUUUCUGAAUCUGUCCUAUAACCCCAUCCACACCAUUGAGGGGAAUAAGCUCCAUGACCUUCUGAGGCUCCAGGAGUUUCACAUGGUCGGGGGCAGGCUGGCUAUGAUCGAGCCCUACUCCUUCCGAGGCUUAAACUAUCUGAAGAUCCUGAAUGUAUCUGGAAAUGCUUUGAGCACCUUGGAGGAGUCUGCGUUCCACUCGGUAGGCAACCUGGAGACUCUGGCGCUUUACGACAACCCCUUGGCCUGUGACUGUCGGCUGCUGUGGGUGUUCCGGAGACGCUGGAGGCUCAACUUCAACCGGCAGCAACCCAUCUGCGCUUCACCUGAGUUUGUACAGGGAAAAGAGUUCAAAGAUUUCCCGGACGUCCUGCAGCCCAACUACUUCACGUGUCGCAAGUCCAGGAUCCGGGACCGCAAGGCGCAGCAGAAACUUGUGGACGAGGGAACUACAGUUAAUUUUGGUUGCCAGGCAGACGGUGAUCCUGCCCCAGUCAUCAUGUGGCUCUCCCCGCAGAAGCAGUUCAUCAUGACCAAAACCAUCGGGCGGCUCACAGUAUUCCCCGAUGGCACCCUCGAGGUGCGGUAUGCUCAGAUCCAGGAUAACGGCACGUAUGUGUGCAUAGCCAGCAACGCUGGUGGCAACGACACAUCUCUCGCCCACCUGCAUGUCCACAGCUACUCUCCAGACUGGCCCCACCAACCCAACAAGACCUUUGCCUUCAUCUCCAACCAGCCCAAUGAGAAUGAUGACAAUGGGACGCAAACCAACGUCCCCUUCCCCUUCGACAUAAAGACCUUAAUCAUCGCCACCACCAUGGGCUUCAUAUCUUUCCUUGGUGUUGUCCUGUUUUGUCUGGUGCUACUCUUUCUGUGGAGCAGAGGUAAAGGGGCCACAAAGCACAACAUAGAGAUAGAGUACGUGCCACGCAAGUCAGACGCUGGAGUGAGCAACAGUGCUGCAGAGACCCCUCGCAAGUUUAACAUGAAAAUGAUUUAA